UUAGCGAUUGUCUUGCUAGUCUUUCCCAUCGAUGCCAUACUAGUGGACACUACAAACAAUCAAGGAAAAAGCUACCCAACAACGUACUUGGAGAAAGAAUGGAACGAAGAACCACUGAAAAGCAAAAGAUUAAUGAUAACGAACGAAACUGAAGAAUUGGAUCUCUGUAAUUUCAACACGACAGAAAAAAACAUUUGUUUACCCGAUUUUGAUGAGUGGAAACGUCUUCACGCAGCUUGGCAUUGUCAAGAAAAGAGCAACAACAUUCUUGGCCCGUUAAUUUUUCGUUACCUGGAGAAACAUUCGCACUCACGCGAGCAAUGCGAUGCAUCACCAACCACUUGCAAUUGGUGUCGUGUUGGAAAAGAUGUCGAAGAGUACCUGGAACUGUUGAUGGACAACGUAGCAGAGCUAUGCCCGUUAUUUGCAAUCAGUCAGUUAGUCCACACUGGUAGUUCAGCUGAAAAGACCAACAUUUUUCUAGCUAGUGAAUUCGAUUAUAUAGCCAUUUUGAAGUAUUUCAGUCAAACGCCGUCAGAUCCCAACGAAGUUAUUUACAUUGGCAGUGAUCCAGUUGUUCUAAAAGAUGCAAAUGGAGCAGUUAACGCCAGUGAAUUAUUAAAUCUCUUUAAGAAGUGCAUCUUCGAAGCAGUGGAACUUGUCCAGAGCGAUAUCUUAUCGUUCCCCAAGAUCAUUCUGGGUAGAACUGGUGUCACCAUCUAUUUCAUUCACGGUGGAAGAUAUCCUUUGGACCCUAUGAAAAUCAGCGUCGAUUUAUCAAUUGGCGUUAUGAUUGUUCAACAGCCACUUGAAAUUUGGUUCAUGAAAGAUAAUAGCAACAAUGAUGUCAUACUUGUCCCCCAACGUCCUGAUGCCGGGAUUCAAUGGCGUCCUACAUAUCCCACGUUAGAGAGGGAUAUGUUACUGCGUGCAGAUGCUUCAGUUGGUCGUGUCUAUCAAUUACUCAAAUUUCUGGCAGCCCUUCAUCACAGCAAAGAUAACAUCGAACGAGAAAUUCCGAGGAAAUCUAGCUUGACGUCGUAUGUCUUGAAGACAUGUUUGUUCCAUUAUAUGAGUCGGAAUUAUUGGCCAGAAGAAGCGACGUGGUAUGGAAAAGAUGCACUCCAACAUGCAGUGGGUGUUUUGGAGUAUUUCCUGUUAAAUGCGACAGAGAUAACGUCAUUCUUUUUCAAAAAUCGAGUCGAAUUUAACAUCACUUUGGAGAGCAAGCAAGCUGCGAUGGAAAUCAUCGCCAUGUUGAACAGAAUCAAUCCAUAAAAUAUUGCAAAGUCGACCAACGUAAAAGGAAACUGAUUACACACAGUUAUUGGUAUUC